CCAUUAAAAUUAAAGGGCGCCCUCUUUUGGGAAACACAAGUAAUGUGAAAGAUGUCUGACAACAAGAAGAAGGCAGACGACAGAAUUGUUUCAGGAAACAAUGAAAGUAAACGCGAAUUUCUAGAAAAAAGUGGAGUUGGAAACUGGAUCCGAGAUGCAUUAUCUAAGAUUCUCUCCAAUCGACCAGACGAUGCUGUCGGAUUCCUUGCACAAUAUUUCAGCACUCUUGGAGAGAAAUCCAAUCGAUUGAACCGUGCCUACCACUACCUCACACUGAGUGACCACUAUCAGCCAGCAUUCGCAAAUAAUGUGUCCACAGCAUAUGAAAUACUCAGCUCAUCCUCUGGAUCUAGAACACCAGCUGGACUGAUGGGCAGUGCUUACAGAGACGUUCUCAAUUUGAUAUGCAGAAACAUUCCAGCUACAUUCUGUGAGCAUUUGCUCAACAAGAUUGGACCACGUGAUGAGGAAGUCAUAUAUCCUGACAUUUUUCAUUCUGGAGUUGUGGCGGCAUUUGUACUCAUUGAUUAUUUGAAACAGACUGAGGAAUUAUUUCAGCUGUUGACGACCCAUCAGAGCAAGGGUGUAGUUGAUCAUGAACUGGCCACCACCAUGCUACAGGAACUACAAGAUGCACUGUCCGUCAAGACAACUGAUCCUAUCUCAAUUUUGACUGCAGGAUCAAAGCUUACCAAUGAAGUGAUAACCGACUCCUUAUUAGAGAUGUUAUUGGCCAGUCAGAAUGAACGCAGACGGACGAUGACAAAAGAUGAAUUUGUGCACAUUGCUUUCAACAUAUAUCUCAAGGAGGUCAAACCAGUGAAAUGAGCAUCUUACGCAAGAUGACCGUGGACUCAUUACUACAUCAAAAAUGAUGGACCCUUAGUAGAGGAGCUGAAGACGAUAAAACCUAAUAAAGUUCUGUUUGCGACUAAAAUGGUUCGCCAAUUUUUGUGCCCUUAUUUUGUUACAGUUGUAUUUUUUUAGUUUUCUGGAAUCCAUUUGGUAUGUUUUGCAAGAUUUUCAAAACCCCCUGAAAAAUCAAGUCUCGAUAUAAAUAACCUUGAAAAUAAUUAUGUGCCCUGCCAAAAAUAGAUUUAUUUAUUUGUUAUUUAUUACAAACCAUGCCCGUCAUGAAUGACCAUGGGACACACAGAUAUUUAUUCCAGAGUUCCUUAAUAGUCAUCAACAGGAAAGAUAUGCAGGGAAUGAAAGAUAUGCAGUGCAAUUUAUAUUGUCACUUAUCAGAAGUCAUUGAAUGAUAUGUGUCAAUGGUGAGCAUGCAAAGUCCUCGUUGAUGAGGCAAACAGAAGAUGAACUAUCAGUUUCCUCAAUUGUGUAUAAACCUGUUGAUAUUUUGUGUACUUUAAUUAUGCAAAACAACCAAUUCUUGAUUCAAGCUGUCAGAAUAUUUGAUCAUGUCUUUGUAAGCAAAAAAAAUCAACCAAUGUAUUUAUAGUAUUGUAUGAUCUAUUUUGCAGUUCAGUGUGUAUUUUUGUAUGGAGAAAUCCAAAUGAGUUACAUGUAAAUAAAACUUGUGCAAGCACUAUCUAAAACGUCUCUCAAAAA